AUGGGGCAAAGCGGCGCGGGCAGCGCCAUGGAGACGCUGGAGCGUGUGCAGCAGGCCGCGCUCGACAACUGGCAGCUCGUGCUCGGGGGCGCCCUGCUGGUGUCGUACCGCAGGGAGCUCCUUCGGAUGCCGGGAGCCACCUUCCGCCUAGUGACCAGGCACCUCCCUGACGCCGUCCGGCGACGAAACGAGAUCUGCGUCGACGAGACCGCGUACUGGCGAUCGCACGGGGCGGACCCGAGGGACAUGCUCAAGCAGUGGGAGAUCGCGCGCGGCCCCCCCAAGGGCGUCAUCCAGGGCGUCAAGGAGCACAUCGACUGGGUGGUGUAUGAGCUGAAGAAGACUGACGACCCCGCGAAGCGUGCGCAGCGGCGGCUGAUGGAGAAGUACAACAUCAAGGACCCGCUCGCGGAGGAGCUCGCGCGGGACCGGGAGCGCCAGGCGCGCGAGCUCAGCGGCGUCCGGCACGGCAAGGUCGCGGCCUACCUGGCGCGCGUUGCCGUCGGCGUCAAGCCCACGGACGCUCGCGGCGGGCCGGACGCGGCCGACCGCGCGGACAGCGAAGCCGCCGGCGGCGCGGCGCAGCGUGCGCGGGGCGCGGCGUCUCCGGGGCCGCAUGCAGGGGCUCCUGAGGCGGGGGAGGAGAGCGGGGGGGCCGUGCGGGGUGCCAGGGCGGCGCGGACGGGGCGGCCGCUGACGCUCGGGGAGCUGAUGGCGCAGGGGCGGUUCGGGGGCGCGUCGGGCGGCGGCGGAGAGGAGGCGCCGUCGCUGGGCUCGGAGGACGAGGGGCGGCGGAUGGCGGCGUUCGUGUACUCGCACCCGCUGCUGGGGAAGCGGGUGCAGGAGUCGGGGAUGCCGGAGGAGGAGGCACGGUCGCUCGUGGAGGAGAUGAAGCGCGUGCGGCAGCUGAUGCGCAGCGCGGAGGCGGGGGCCGCGCCGGGGAAGGACACGGGUGCCAAUGGAGGUGGGGCUGGCAGCGCGGGUGGGGGUGGUGCGGCGGUGCGCAAGUGA